AUGGUUAAAAUUGGUGACUUAGGUGGAGCUGCCUUCAUCCGACAACGCGAACAGCGGCCGGUUACUCCCACAGCUCUGCGUGCACCCGAGCUAAUUCAUCGGAUUGAGUGGGAUGUUGGCAUUGAUAUUUGGACCUUAGGUCGUUUGAUCUUUGAACUGGCCACGAACGAGCCACUGUUCCCUUUAGGAACAUUUGGUCUCACAGCGGAACAGAUCGAUGAGGAACACCUCUAUCUUAUUGGACAAGUACUUGAUAAGAACAACCAGACGGGUGAUACGUUCACGCAGUACUUAACGGACAGGUUGCCGGCUGACUUUGGCGCUGAAAACCUUGAGCGACUUGCAUCGUUUCUUUCGGGGAUGUUACAGGAAAAGGCUCAAAAGCGAAUGUCGACAGCUGAAUUACUCAGGCACCCCUUUUUAUUCCGAUAA